AUGAGCGAAACAAUUAAAGUCGGUGCCGUACAGGCAGAGCCCGCCUGGCUCGACUUUCCAGAAUCCGUCAAGAAAGUUACAUCUCUGGUUGAGAAGGCCGGGAAAGAUGGAGUCAAUGUCUUGGGAUUCCCAGAGCUCUUUGUGCCUGGAUAUCCAUGGAGCAUCUGGACUGAGCCAUAUCUCGACAAUGUGGGCAUGUUCCACGAGUAUAUGGCCAACUCUCUUGUGAAAGAGUCGCCCGAGAUGGACCAGAUCCGCGAAGCUGUUAAAAAGGCAGGCAUCUUCAUCGUCUUGGGCUAUUCCGAGAGAGAUGGCGAUAGUUUUCCAACUGGUGCGGAACGCGCAAUCUGGGGAGAGGGACACGGAGAAGAGACUCUUAUCAACGUUGCGGACAGUCCUUUUGGCAGGAUUGGCGCUCUCAACUGCUGGGAACAUUUCCAACCUUUGCUGCGUUAUCACGAGUACAGCCAAGGCGUCGAUAUUCACAUCGCAGGUUGGCCCCCAUUCUUUGCUAGGCCGGAAAACAUACCCAUUCUUUACACCACAACGGGCGAGGGAGAUCGCCUUGCCUGUCAGUUCCUGGCGAUGGAAGGGGCCUGCUUUGUCGUUGUCAGCACCCAAGUGAUGAGCGAAAAAGGCAGGGAAAAGUUGAAGCUGGCUGGAAGCCCGCAUGUGCAGACCCCAUGA